ACACCAUCACCUCCUGACGUAGCAUCCUUGUUCUGCGCAUGGCACCACAAAAGCAUUGACUAGGGGCGUCACAUUCGCCAACGGAUCGUUGCCAUGUUCGAGCGCACCCUCGAGUCGCUCAUCAAGGGCCUGCGAUCUCAUCGCGGCGCAGAUGAGGUCGCCUUCGUCGCGACCAUUCAGGAUGAGAUCAGACAUGAGGUCAGGUCGGGCGACGUGCAGGUCAAGGCCGAGGCAGUGCUCAAGCUGACCUACCUGCAAAUGCUAGGGUACCCUCCAGCCUCGUAUGCGUCCUUCCCUAUUCUCGAGGUCAUGGCAGCCUCGCAGUACCACAUCAAGCAAGUAGGAUAUCUCGCUGCUGCGCAGACAUUCAAUCAGGACACCGACGUGCUCAUUCUGGCUACAAACCUCGUCAAGAAGGACCUUCACUCUUCCAACCCGCUUGAGGUAGCGGUAGCAGUUAACGGACUAUCUCGUAUCGUCACGCCGGACCUUGCCCAGCAUCUCGCCCCAGAUAUCAUCGGUAUGAUGAAUCACAGCAAGCCAUCGAUACGGAAACGCACUAUCCUUGUCUUCCACUCUCUGAUCGCCCACUAUCCUCCCGCCUUAGACCAAGGCUGGCAUCGCCUUCAAGAAAAGCUAGACGACGCCGACCCCUCUGUCGUCUCCGCCACGGUAAAUGUCGUCUGCGAGCUUGGACGCCGUUACCCCAAGAAAUUUUUGGCUCUCUCACCGCAAUUGUUCGGCCUGCUCACAAACUCGACGAACAAUUGGAUGCUCAUCAAGCUCGUCAAACUUUUUGGGUACUUGAGCCCGCAUGAGCCCAGGCUGGUUCGCAAGCUCCUCCCGCCUAUUAAAUCCAUCAUCUCGACCACGCCGGCUCUCUCCCUGCUGUACGAAUGUAUCAACUCCGUCAUAUCUGGGGAGAUGCUCGCCCUAGAUGACGGCAGCGGCAGCUCGGACGAGCUGGCAGAAAGCUGCGUGGAUAAAUUGGCGGCCUUCUUGGAAGAUGAGGAGGAUCGCAACCUCAAGUACGUGGCGUUGCUCUCUCUCGUGAGGAUCUUACCUACGCAUCCGCAUCUGGUAGGGCGGUAUCAUGAGGCGAUCUUGGGUUCAAUGGAGGACGAAGAUUUGAGUAUCAGGAUGAGGGCUCUCGACUUGGCCGCGGGGAUGGCGAGCAGGGAGACUUUGAGAGGGAUCGUUGAGAGGUUGAUGGCGCAUCUGGAGGAGCCUGACACGAAGAAGCAGAAGAGGGGUACCGCAGCAGAAGGAGGAGCAGCGGCUGCCUUGCGCAAGGCCCUCUCCAGCGGUCCCUCAGUCAAUGGCCCUCAAGCAACCACACCUUCAUCUCUCGUCUCAACAAGUUACCGCCAAGAGAUCGCGCGGCGCAUCCUCCUCAUGGGCUCAUCAAACACAUACGCGCACAUUGACGACUUCGAGUGGUACGUCGGCGACGUCUUACUGCCAUUGCUGCGUACCCAAGAGGGGGUUGCAGAUCUGGUCAGGGGACAGUUGAUCGACGUCACCUUGCGUGUGAGGGCAGUCAGGCCAUUCGCAGUUGAGGCGAUGGAGAAGCUUCUUGGCGAUGCGUCUUGGAGUAUCGGUGGACAGGGGAUCGAGCAGCUGCAUGCCCUCGCUGCUGCGGCGUGGAUCUGUGGAGAGUACCACGAGCACGUCCUCAACCCGCGCAUUGCAGUCGAUCUCCUUCUCCCCACGGGCCUACUUCCCGGUGGUGCAGGAGACGGCAAUGACGACGACCAGUCAGAUAUCAGGGUAUCGACAAUGUCCGUAUGCAUUCACGGCGCCGUCAAACUUUUCGCGCACUGGGCUGCUUCUCUCUCCACCGGUGCGGGGUCCAAUGGCAGCGAUUGGGAUGACACUCGCCUCGAGGAGGUCAGCAACGUUGCCGCCCUUCUCUCCGAGAGGCUCAACCUCUUCGUUGACCAACCGCACUGCGAGGUCGCAGAGAGGGCGAGAGAGUAUGCACACCUCUUUGAGUUCGUGCUUAAGGAUCUGGAAGGGGCACAAAGGGCUGCAGCGGCUUCCAAGCCAGUAGGUGAGGAAAGGGCAAAGAAACAAGCAGCGCAGUCGUCCGCUACGCCUCUUGCGCCACCUCCAACCGAUGAGAGCACAGCAAGUUGGGGCGAGUCGACCGCUCUGAACCUCACGGCGUCUUCCUCCUCGACAUCCCUCUCAUCCCAGCCGAGAGGGCCAAAAUCGCUGCACCUUCUCUCCCCUCUCUUCACGCCCGCGCCAAUGGGCCCCGUCGCUGCUCAGGCACAGAAGAAGGUGCCGCCGCCACCACACUUGGAUCUGCGAACGAGCCUGGGUGGGGAAUGGAGCGUCGUGAUGCCGGAGCCACCGGCCAAGAAGGACAAGGAAAAGGCAACAGGGGCUGAGCCUUCUUCGUCGAAGCUGGCUGCCCCGAGUGGCAGUAAGAAGACCAAGAAGAGCAAGCGUGAUGAAAUCGACCGUAACAUUAGCGAGGGCAAAAGCAAGGCCUCGUCAUCGAGCCCAAAGCUAGUCGACGACGACCUAGAAGAUGUACCCAUCGUCCGCCUGUCCCUCUCUGACCUACCCGGCCUGGCUGAAUCAUCAUCGGCGGGAGGAGCGCGCAAUGGCGAGGCGGAGAGCAAGAGCGAUGGCAGUAAGAAGAGAAAGGGGACGAGAGACAGGGAGAAGGACCUGUUGCAGGAGGUGGAGGAGAUGCCGCCCGGUGUUGCCGGCCCCGAUCAGAAGGAUGGUGCAGCAUCAAGACGUAAAGAGAAGGCUUCUUCCGCGAAAUCUCCUCCGUCUGCUGCUACUCUUCAGCAGCCUGCCAAUGGAUCAGCCUCCAAAGCCGUUGGCGUCGGUACGCCCGCGGACGUGGACAGAGGCGCAGAGACACCCUCACCGACGCCAACGAUGGUAAAGAAGAAGGACGGCGGCAAAGCGAAGAAAAAGUCGAAGAGGGCUGCGGCCGGUGUAAUGAUAGACUGAACUCGGCGACAGAGGGUGGCGACGCGACGCUGUAAUGCUCAAUUGUUUUUUCCAAUGAAUUGCCAAGUCACUAGCAGCGACGAAUCCCUGUACAGACGAUGCUACCACGUCACGAAUGUCAUAUUCUCGCCUCAAGGCCACCCA